AAUCCUUUUAUAUUAUUGUUCACUUAUAUUCAUUCAUCAAGGCCUUUGGGUCCUGAAGGACAGAAUUUACCUCCAAACAGAAAAAUGGAGAAAACACAUUUAUUUUGCAAGACAGAAGAAAGUAUCAAUGUAUCAGUUCAUGACUCUGAUUCUUCCACAACUAACUUAUCAUCAAGAAACAUUGAAAGCAAGAAAUACAGCAAAAUUUCUAAAACAGCAGGGAAGAAGAAUACAUCUGACACUAAAGCCUUUGUCCCAGAGUAUAAAAGAAUAUAUGAAACAUCAUUAUUCCUGUAUAGAGAAGAAAAAUCCACUGAGUUGUCAGGAUCAAAGAAAUUCAAGAAAAAGAAAAGUUUACAAGUACAGUUUCAUAGUAAAAGAACUGAGAUUGCCUCUCCCUCCCUGAAGCUGUCAAAAGAGAAGAUGACUGGGAAAGAAAGCACUUCACACAAGGUGCCCUGCCAGUUUGGUAGUCACAAGACUUCACUUCCUCUUCCUACAACUUCCUCAACUCCUCGGAGGAAGGAGCCAAUUUCUAACCUUUACAUGACAUUAUAUGAACAAAUGCCUGAAGGAUCCCUAAAAUUCCAAGAAUUAAGUGCACUUCCUAAAGCCUGCAUAAUUUUUAGUAAAGUUCGACAGGGUAAGAUUUACGUGAAUGACUUGCCAAUGAUCCUUCACAACUUGAAGAUUUCCAUGAGUGACUCAGAAAUGCGACAGGUUCUGAAGACUGUUGACAUUGAUGUUAAUGGAAUACUGGAUUUCACAGGUUUCCUUAAGGCCAGGAAUGAUGCUUCUCAAUUGGCCUCUCAGGAUCCAGAAUUUCAAAAUGUCUUGAAGACUUUUUCUAAGAUGAAAGAUGGUCGUGUGGCCGUUGAUGAAGUAGCUGCUUUUUUGGAUAGCAUGGCUCUUCCAGUAAACCCUGAGACACUCAAGGACAUAAUAAAUCACUCUUACGUGGACAGUAACCACACGGUGGAUAUUGGGGACAUUAUAUUUACUCUGGAUGAACUGCAACAACAGUAUGAAGAUGUUUCAAUUAUGGAUGAAGCCACUUCAAGUAAACGAUUAUCAAAUAUACCAGGACAUCAUGUGCAACCUAAGAAGAAAAGCAGUUCAUUUUCCAGAUUGUCCGAACCUCUCACAUCAAAAAAGCUGAAUGUACCUCCCUUCCAGUAUCACAGUAAAUCCUUGGAGAAACAUAAUGAGCCUGAAUUUAAACGAUCAAAAACUUCCUUACAGACAAAAAGAUUCUCAAGCAGGGUUGACAGCGAUCAUGUGGGAUUUCAGGAACCAUCCUUAAAGAGUCAAGAUUCAAAGUCUAAGCUAUCUAUCUUGAAGAGUACUUCAAGCCUCGAUAAGUUUCCGGAUAAAACCGAUACUUCUAAGUUUCCAGAUAAAAGCGAUACUUCUAAGUUUCCGGAUAAAAGCGAUACUUCUAAGUUUCCGGAUAAAAGCGAUACUUCUAAGUUUCCAGAUAAAAGCGAUAGUUCUAAGUUUCUGGAUAAAAGCGAUACUUCUAAGUUUCUGGAUAAAAGCGAUACUUCUAAGUUUCCGGAUAAAAGCGAUACUUCUAAGUUUCUUCCAGAUAAAGGCGAUACUUCCAAGUUUCCAGAUAAAGGCGAUACUUCUAAGUUUCUGGAUAAAAGUGAUACUUCUAAGUUUCCGGAUAAAAGCGACACUGCUAACAUCCCAAAACUUGAGAAGCUAACUGUGAGAAAGCAGUCCAGCUCCCUAAAACCAGUUUCACCUAAGGAAAAAGCUGUAAAUAGUACCUUAGAAAGUGUCCAGGAUGCUAUCAGUAAGCUUCAAGGAGAUUACAUUUCACCAGAGGAACUUCUGUCUGUUUUACCCGUGGUAGAGAUUACCUUAUCAGACAAAGACUUCCAGAAAAUUGUGCCGGAGACUACUAAAAUUGAAAGUGGAAUGGUGAAUUUAGAUGACUUUAUUAUGGCAGUCUCCAAGGAGCAUAAUAUUCCCGAAUAUGAUGCAUUGAAUGAUGCCAUUGAGGGUGCUAAUAAAAUUCAGAAUGAAAAUGUUGCUUAUGAGGAUCUAGACACUUGUCUUCAAAAUUUUGGAGUUUACCUUCCUAAGCCAGAACUAGAGAAGAUCAAAGAAUUAACAGGAGUUGAUGAAACAAAACAAGUGAAUUUAAAAGAAUUUAUUGAUAACAUGAUGAGCAACACGGAAUGCUUCUCUCAAAAUUUAUUGUUGCCGGAUGCUGUUGACAUCCUCCACAAUCUCGGCAAGGACAAGAUGGAUGUUUCUCGCUUGUGGGACACAUUGUCUAGUUCGAAUAGUCAUUUAAAAAAGGAUGAAUUCUUAGAUGCAGUGAAAUCAGCCAUAGUUGAUGGUGACAAAGUACAACUCGAAGAAUUUUCAAAAGCAGUAAAGGAUAUACAGGACACCCGCAGGUUAAAAGAGUUUCAGGAGAUAGCCUCAGUUCUUAGUUCACUUAAAGGCGAGACGAUAGCUCGGGAGAACUUGGAAGAUUUUCUAAAAAAUCUUGGGAUUACGUCAUUUAACGAAGAAGUGGAGAAAAUCCUUCAGUCAGACAUUGUUGCUGACAACAGGAUGAAUGUUAAAGACUUUAUGAAAGCUUUGAAAGACACCCUGAAAUUUUCUAACUAUACUGCAUCAAAAGAGGCCAUUAAUAAGCUGGACUCCAUGAAAGGAAGUUCUUGGUCUGAUAAAGACAAAUAUUUGGGGGGACUGGAAAAUGUCGAGGGUCUGAAAAAGGAAGUGUCAUCUCCACACCUGAAGUUACCAACAGUAGGUGAGAUCAAAGAAGCUGCUGACAUCUUGUCACAUGUUGAUAAUGGCAAGAUCUCUAUGUCUGACUUGCAGCGUGCCUUGAAAUGUUUGAAUGCUAAUUUGACCGAAGAAGACUUCAAUAAAGCUCUUGAACGUUGUGAUACCAGUGAUAACAUGGAGGUGGACUUAAAAGAUUUCUUAAUGGAAACGAAAAGUAUGCCAAGCUUUAAAGACUCCAUAGUCACACAGGUACUCCUAACCACUCCCCAAGUUCUCCAGAAGGAUCUACUUGAUGUCUCUGACUUCAAGAAGUUAUUGGAGAAUGAUGGCCUUCAUUCAGCUGAAGCCACACUGACUGAAGUGUUGAAAAAUGUUCCUGAGCAUGAAAAGGGCAAAGUUAGCAUUCAAGACUUUCUGACCACGUUUGCAGAUACCUUGAGAACUCUAAAAUCUGAAGGAGAGAAAGAGAGACUUUACAACACCAAAAUUGACAGAAAUGAUCUUAAUGCCAUUUCUGACAUUAAGCAAAGUUUAGAUGCUAUAAGAAUCCACCUAACAGAUGACGAAAUACAGAAGGUGUUGGAUAACACUACUCCUUCUAGUGAUGUGGUACAGUUUAAGGAUAUCAUCAGAGAACUGGCCAACAGUGAUAUAUUUAAUGAGUGCCGGAGAAUAGAGGACACAUGCAAUGUUGUCGAUAGAAUCACUGAUGGAAAAAUUGAAGUUAAAGCCCUUUUACCUGCCUUGGAGAGCUUCAAGAAAUCUUUACAGGAGAAAGGCCAGCCUGGGGUGUUUCCGACUUCUGAGAUGGAUGAAAGAGAAGUGGUCUUAAAAGAAACAAUUGGUUCUUUUGUUGACUCAUCUAGCCCAGCAACAUCAUUCAGCAGUUUAUUGAAAGAGAUUACAGCUUUUGAUAAUAUCAGAAAUAAUACAAUGCCUGCAAAUGAACUGAUCUCCAAUCUCAGGAGUGCUGGAAUUCCAAUAAGCUACAAUACAAUGCAGGAGAUCCUGAGACAGGCCUCGUUCAAUGAAAAUGAUGAAGUAAGUGUCAAACAGAUUUUGGAGAACUUAAGUACACAUAAACCAGAUUCUGUAUUGGAAGAUAUACAAACAGCCCUUAAUACUGCCAAGUUGAUGAGCUCUGACAAAAUUCAAGUUGCCAACUUAAAAGAUGCUUUUAGUGACCUCAAUAUUCCUUUAAGACCCAAGGAACAGCAGAUGUUAGAGAAAACGCUUAAUGCUGAUGAAAAUGGAGACAUUUCCCAAAGGACUGCUCUUUUAGCAUUGAAGAGCAAUAAGCGUCUACAGGAUUUUAGAGAGGCUAAUGAACUUGCAAAGGCUCUGAGCAAACUCACCAGUGGAAAAAUUAGUAUCGAUGAUAUGAGACUUAUUUCCAAAGGCCUGGGACUUCAUGUUCCAGAUGAAGAAUUACAGAAGUUGGAAUCAAACAUUUCUGUUGAUAAGGAGGGGAAUGUGGAUUUAAAAGAUUGGCUGACUAAGUUGAAAGAAACACCAUAUUUCACUAAAAGUUCAAAAAUGCAAGGUCCCUUGAAAACUCUGGCCUCCAUUAGGAGAAAUGAGGCAAGUUCUGAUGAUGUACUCUCCAUUUUGAAAAAUAUGGGAAUUGUGUUACCCCAAGAUGUGAUUGAGACAGCCCUGAACAACGUGACACCCAGGGAGAAUGGGACAUUGGAUUUAGUAGAGUUUCUGAACCAUUUGAUCAAGUCACAACUUUCAUCUGCCCCUGAAAGAGAAAAGAUUGAUGCCAGUACUGUAGAUGAAGUUUUGAAAGACAUGGACCUAACACUCAAUGGAGAGGAGGAGCAGAUUCUGUUUGAACACUUUCCAGCUCCUGAUGAUGAAGAAGUGGAUAUGGAAACAUUUAUCGGGGCUGUGAAGAUGCUCAAAGUAAAAGUUGAUGUUGCUAAUCUGCACAACUUCCUGGAUGAUAUGGGUGUUGAGCUUUCUGGUGAAGACUAUGACGAACUAGUAAACCAUCUCCCUGUCCAUGUUGAUAAGAAGAUAAGUCAGCUUGAGCUGAUAGAUACCAUCAAGACUUUUAAAAGAGGAAAGGUUGACACCACAAAAUUAGACAAUGCCCUGGAGAAGAUGGGAGUGGAACUCACAAACAAAGAAUUGCAGCAUCUGCAAGAACAUCUGCCAGUUGACACUGAUGGAAAGGUACAUCUAAAUAUACUUCUGGAUGAAAUUGAUCGUCUUAAAAAAGAAAAGGAGAAGAUUGAUGUCAGUGACCUUGACACCAUUUUGGAGAAAAUGGGAAUGGAUUUCUCUGACGAAACAUCUGGAGGAGUGGCACAGAAUUGGCAAGUUCAACUUAGCAAACCACUGGGUGCAGUUCCACGUGUUUCAGGUAAGAAGAGCAGACAAACCGUCAGCAUAGACUUGGUUGAACUGAAUCUCACAGCUGACUUUUAA